UCAGCCAGCUUGACCUUGAGACGUUUGUCCAAAGUAAGCGAGGCGAGCGGUGGAUCGGUUGCCUGGCGUCGGCGUCCCUUCUCGUCUGGUUCCAGCGAUUGGGCCUUCUCUUUGCCGCGGCGGGCGCCCCCCACGGGCGGAACGGGGUAGCGCUCCCGACCUGGAAAAGAAUGACGAGCGCCAUGUCUGAUCCUCCGCUGGCGGACUAGCGCCGACGGCGGCGAGAGACGCACUCGGUCUCCGGCGGAAGACCACCGCCACCAGCGGUGCUCUUGCUGGUGCACCGCGGGGGGGCAGGAGAGGGCGUACGAGGCGGGAGGGGGGGUCGCUCCCCCUCCGUCGGGGUCGGCCUUCGCCGCCGAGAGGCACCAUGGCCGACAGCGCGGGGAUUCAGCAGGGCUCGCCGGCCAUCGGUGCCGCGGGCUCGGCUCCGGCCGCCCCGGGCCUCGGAGGGGCUGAGGGCUCUGGCGCCGCCGGAGGCUCCGCGCGCAUCAGCGUCAAGAAGGCGCAGCUCCGCUCUUCGCCUCGACACAAGAAGCUAGAGAAGCUCGGCGUAUAUUCGUCCUGCAAGGCGGAGGGCGCGUGCAAGUGCAACGGCUGGAAGAGUCAAAACCCGCCGGCCACGCCGCCGCGCAGCGAGCAGCAGCCCGUCGUCGGCAACCUGCGCCAACCCUGCCGCAGCUGCUCGCACGCUUUGGGGGAUCACGUGAGCCACCUGGAGCGCGUCCCCGAGGACGAGAUCAACCGUCUGCUGGGCAUGGUGCUGGACGUGGAGUACUUGUACACGUGUGUGCACAAGGAGGAGGACGCGGACACCAAGCAAGUGUAUUUCUCCCUCUUCAAACUGCUGAGGAAAUGCAUCCUUCAGAUGGGCAAACCCACACUAGAAGCACAGGAGAGCCCGCCCUUCGAGAGACCCAGCAUUGAGCAGGGCGUCAACAACUUUGUCCAGUACAAAUUCAGCCACCUGCCGUCCAAAGAGCACCAGACCAUUUUGGAGCUGGCCAAGAUGUUCCUGAACCAGAUCAACUACUGGCAGCUGGAGACGCCGUCGCAGAGGCGGCAGAGACUCCCCAACGAUGACACGGCCGGAUACAAGGCCGACUACACCAGGUGGCUGUGCUACUGCAACGUGCCUCAGUUCUGCGACAGCCUGCCGCGCUACGAGACCACACGGAUCUUCGGCCGCACGUUGCUGCGCUCCGUCUUCACCGUCAUGCGCAAGCAGCUGCUGGAGCAGGCCAGGCAGGAGAAAGACAAGCUGCCGCCCGAGAAGAGAACGCUCAUCCUCACGCACUUUCCCAAGUUCUUGUCCAUGCUGGAGGAGGAAGUCUACAGCCACAGCUCCCCCAUUUGGAACCAAGACUUCUUGGUCGGGGGCUCCGGGGGUCAAAUUCCCAUCCAUACAGUUAUCAGUGCGCCCCUGGUGGCCAGGCCCUUGUACUACACCAUCAGCCCGGCAUCAUCUGCGGACCUCUCUAGCGGAGCUGUCAGUCCGGCCAGGAAAACAUCAACAGUUCUCGAGCCAAGUCCGGCAGCGGGCGAGAAGCGCAAGCCCACGGAGCCCCUCCCCCAAGAGGAGAACAAGAGGCCCAGGGUGGUGGGCGACAUCCCCAUGGAGCUCAUCAAUGAGGUGAUGGCCACCAUCGCAGACCCCGCCACUGUUCCGGAGACCAGCCUGCUGUCGGCCCACUCGGCGCGCGACGAGGCGGCCCGCCUGGAGGAGCGCCGAGGCGUGAUCGAGUUCCACGUCAUCGGCAACUCCUUGAACCAGAAGCCCAACAAGAGGAUCCUCAUGUGGCUGGUGGGCCUGCAGAACGUCUUCUCGCACCAGCUGCCUCGCAUGCCCAAGGAGUACAUCACACGUCUCGUCUUUGACCCGAAGCACAAGACGCUGUCGCUCAUUAAGGACGGCCGUGUCAUCGGCGGAAUCUGUUUCCGGAUGUUUCCUUCUCAAGGCUUCACUGAAAUCGUUUUCUGCGCCGUCACCUCCAACGAGCAGGUCAAGGGGUACGGCACCCACCUGAUGAACCACCUUAAGGAGUAUCACAUCAAGCACCACGUCCUCAACUUCCUCACCUACGCCGACGAGUACGCCAUCGGCUACUUCAAGAAGCAGGGUUUCUCCAAGGACAUCAAGGUGCCCAAGGCAAAGUACGUGGGCUACAUCAAGGACUACGAGGGAGCCACGCUCAUGGGCUGCGAGCUCAACCCCAGCAUUCCCUACACCGAGUUCUCCGUCAUCAUCAAGAAACAAAAAGAGAUCAUCAAGAAGCUGAUCGAGAGGAAGCAGGGCCAAAUCCGCAAAGUCUACCCGGGCCUUUCGUGCUUCAAGGACGGCGUCAGGCAGAUUCCCAUCGAGAGCAUCCCUGGCAUCCGUGAAACCGGCUGGAAGCCGCUGGCCAAAGGGAAGGACGUAAAGGACCCCGAACAGCUGUAUGGCGCGCUCAAGAACAUCCUGCAGCACGUCAAGAGUCACCAGAACGCUUGGCCCUUCAUGGAACCCGUGAAGAAAACGGAGGCGCCGGGCUACUACCAAGUCAUCCGCUUCCCCAUGGACCUUAAGACAAUGAGCGAGCGUCUGAAGAGUCGCUACUACACCACGCGCAAGCUCUUCAUGGCCGACAUGCAGCGCGUCUUCACCAACUGCCGCGAGUACAACCCGCCCGAGAGCGAGUACUACAAGUGCGCCAACCUACUCGAGAAGUUCUUCUACACCAAGAUCAAGGAGGCCGGCCUCAUCGACAAGUAGCUUCCGUCUUCCGCCACCGUCCGGUUAAAAACGCAGCGGCAGCCAAGCCCCACCCCCAACCCCUUUUCUGCUCUACGUGUAUGAACAAUGUACCGUAUUUUCCGCACUAAAAGGCGCAAUUUAUUUUUCAUAUAUUGGACGCACU